ACACUCAAACCGCGAAGGCGCGCGCGACAGUCGCCUAGCUAUCGCAAAUCAUUUUUGUUUAUUUAUUAUUUUUAUUAUUAGUGUUGUGAUUACCGGCGGUAUUCUACUGCAUUUUUUUAACACAAUGUUGUGAUUAUAAUAUGAUCUCAGUUUACUGUGAUAGUGCUGCAAGUUUUGUGCAAAAGUUUUAGUUUGAAAGUGUAGUGUUUGAAGUGUUUGUAAACAGGAUGAAACUGAGUAAUGCUGACGCUGCACCACUGUAUAGCCAUGAUGAUGGCCUGGACAUGGAUACUGACGAUGACGUAUACCGAGGAAACGCGCUGGAUGACAUGCCCCCCAUGACUGAGACGCUCCUCGAAGGCGCCAUGGGCACCUGCUCCAACGAAAUCGGCGACAUGACCUUCUGCAUGGGCAACUACAUCACCGACUUCAUGAAGAUGAUGUUCACAAUGAGGUCGCACCACAUGCUCACAGACGUCGUGCUAGAAGUCGGGAACGAGCUUUUUCAUGUCCACAAAGUUGUGCUAGCAGCCGGCAGUCCAUAUUUUAAGGCAAUGUUCACGAGCGGGCUCAAGGAAAGCGAGAUGUCCAGGGUCCGACUCCAGGGCGUCUGUCCAUCAGCGAUGGCGUGGCUCGUCUACUUCAUGUACACCGGCAAAGUGCGGAUCACGGAGGUGACGGUCUGCCAACUCCUGCCCGCCGCCACUAUGUUCCAGAUAUCCAACGUGAUCGAGGCUUGCUGCGCGUUCCUGGAGCGCCAGCUGGAUCCGUCCAACGCGAUUGGAAUCGCCAACUUUGCUGAGCAGCAUGCAUGCGCCGAACUCAAGCAGAAGGCCAACCAAUUCAUCGAGAGGCAUUUCACGCAAAUCAUCGAUCUGUAA